GAUAACCUUGGGACCACAAAAGGCGACUACCUUCCGGGGGACGGAUAGCGGCUCUGAGUGGGGACCCUCUUAGCAUGGACAAGUCAUUAACAAACACAACAAACGGAAAGACGACGAAGUGAGAUGAAGGGACGUCGAAUUCGACACCCGGAUUCGUUCCAGGCGGCGCUGCUGCUCCUGUGGCGACGAAACCGUCGCUGAGUAGCUGCAGCGACAGGACAAAGCCCUCGACAGUAGUCUCCUCAUCAGGCGGAAGAACGGGGGGAGCCAGCGCAAAACCGCCGGCUAAGGAGGUAGUGAAGGGUGGAGCCUUGGUGCAUGGCGGAAUCGCUAGCACUAGCAGAGGAACUUCUGCUGGAAUUAUGAAGGGGUCCACGGGGCCACUAGCAGGGGAGCUUUAGCUAGGAAGCUGAAGUCGGACCGUCGACUGGCGGCAAAAAUUGUAGAACGCUACGAUGGUAAGCAUGCUGGUCAGGUGUCUGAGGCCGUGGACAAAGCGGACCUUCCUCUUCGCCCUAGGGCUUGCGUCUGGUUGCCGGCUGAACCUUCCACUGCAAAUGAGAUUGAGGAAAUCCUCAAGUACUGCAACCCCUCACUUCCCACGCAUGACUGGAGGGUUAUAAGGCUGGAUAGAACCGAUGAACCAUAUCGGCAGGCAUUGAUAAUGCUUAACGAGGAGUCCAUCGGUCCUCUCAGUAAAACCAAGGGAGCCAUCAGUUAUAGUUUCGAAAUGGUAGUGCUAAAGGUACUCCCAACGAAUACCAGGGCGGAUGGCACCCAAGCUGCAGAUGCGGGGAAGACUGCAGACGGCGUUAGCGAUGGUCAAACGACCAUGGAAAAUGACCCAAACCUCUUGGACGUGGCGAGUUCUGGAGGCGGUUCGUCGAUUGGCGAUUCCGUCUUCAGCCUCGAACAGCUGUUCUAGGAGGUAAGGGUCGACCACGACAUGAGGGCUGAACUGGCGCUCCUAGAGGAGAGUCUGAGAGAUGAAAUUCCUCCAGAUUAAUCUCCAACACUCAAAGGCGGCCUCCGCCAAUCUACUGCUUCGUCUGGAGCAAGACGAAGCCGAUGUCGUCCUAAUCCAGGAACCGUGGCUGACUAGUAGCGGGAUCUCUGGCUUGAGGACGAAGAGCCAUAAGCUGCUGGCGAACAACGAUGUAGGUAGAAACAGAGCCUGUAUGCUGGUCAGAAAUGAAUUAACGGUAUUUCUUUUACCUAAUUUUAGCAAUGCUGACAUAGUAACAGCAAAACUGGAGUGCGAUACCGGAAAUGUCUGGAUUAUCUCUGCAUAUAUGCCGCAUGAUGAUGCGGUGGAACCGCCUCCCGCAUUGCUAAGGAGAACCUUGGCGGAAGCGUCUCGGAAUGGUGCCGACGUUAUCAUCGGCUCGGACGCCAACUCGCGACACUCGAUCUGGGGCAGCUCGGAUACAAAUAAUAGAGGUGAGUCGCUUUUUGAUUUUAUUGUAAGCGAAAAUCUUCGCAUUUGUAAUAGGGGAAAUUCUCCAACUUUUGUGACCGCAUGCAGGGAGGAGGUUCUCGACCUCACCCUUGCCUCUCAUGCGAUUGCCUCGCUGAUCUCAAACUGGAGGGUCCUCGAUGAUCACUCAUUUUCCGAUCACAGGUAUAUCGGUUUUAGUCUAGUUGGAGAAGGUUCGCCUAGGAAAUCUUUUCGAGAUCUUAGGAACACGGACUGGGAAGGCUACCGAAGGAGGCUUCGACAAACUCUUCCACGUGCACCGGGGGUGAACACACUGGGCACCGCCGAUGUGGUGAACGGUUGGGUCGAAGUCUUCAGCUCAGCGUGCAUUUCUGCACUAGAGAGCUCCUGUCCACUAAAAACGCCAAAGGGCAAAGGGAAACCUCAAUGGUGGACUAUGGAGCUCUCGGAAAUUAGGGCGUCUUGUAGGCGCUUAUUUAACAGGGCCCGUAGGAGUGGGUUAUCUGACGACUGGGCGCUGUAUAAAACAGGUCUUUCGAUAUAAAAGUCCGAAUUAAGGAAGGCCAAGGGAUCUCGUGGAAAACUUUCUGCGAAAGAGUGGAGGGCUGCCACGAUUCCUCUAGAUUCAGGCGCAUUCUUGCUAAAAACCCAGUGCCUCUGAGUUAUAUCAAGGAUGUAAACGGGAGGUGGGCCCUGAGCAGUGAAGAUACACUUCAGAUGCUCCUUGAUGCUCACUUCCCUAGCAGAACGUCCUCUAUAGAGACAUCUCUCGGAGAGUUGCACACUGACUGCACGGCUUUUGCCGACCUUCUGGAUGAGCGACACUUGACAUGGGCGAUUAACUCGUUCAAACCGUUCAAGUCCCCGGGACCGGACGGCAUUAUACCAGCGCAGCUGCAGCAGGCUGUUAAGGUGUCAUGCAGCUGGUUGCUGCCGAUCUAUUCGAACUGCAUCUGAUUAGGUUACAUCCCGGGGGCCUGGAGACGAGUCAAAGUUACGUUCAUCCUGAAGGCCGGCAGGGGGUCCCA